AUGCCUACAAAAAAUCAAUUGAUUCGUCAUGGUAGAGAAGAAAAACGGCGCACGGACCGUACUCGAGCUUCGGAUCAAUGUCCCCAGAAGCAAGGAGUAUGCCUGCGUGUUUCGACGAGAACACCGAAAAAACCUAAUUCAGCUCUACGUAAGAUAGCAAAAGUACGGUUGAGCAAUCGACAUGAUAUAUUUGCUCACAUUCCAGGCGAAGGUCAUAAUUCGCAGGAACAUUCUAUAGUCUUAGUCAGAGGAGGUAGAGUGAAAGAUUCGCCAGGUGUGAAAUCCCAUCGUAUUCGAGGAGUCAAGGAUUUGCUGGGAAUUCCGGAUCGUAGAAAGGGAAGAUCUAAAUAUGGUGCAGAAAGACCAAAAUCGAAAUGA